AUGCCAAACACGAGAAGUGCUAGUAGUUUGAAGAACUUUUGGCGACGGUUUGUUAAACUAUUUUGGACCUAUUACAUUCCACGUGAUAAAAUACUACUUUUACGAAUAUUCCGAUGUACAGUAAAUAGUACGCUAGCAUUCAUUUUUACUUUGAUUCCGGCUGUCAGAGACCGAUUAGGUGAUCAACCAUCAUUCCUACCGUUGGUUUCUGUCAUUGUUCACCCUGGGAGACGAGUGAGUGGCCAUAUUAAGGGGGUACUAAACUGUCUGACGGGCUUAGUUCUAGGAUUGUGCUACUCAUUACUAGCGAGAGUCCUAGCACAAUUAUGCCUGGGCGAUUCGUGGAAUAAGCUUUCUGAAGCUGAACAAUUAUCGAAGAAUUUUACAAACUAUAGAGCUGCAUUGGCUAUUUUAGCCGUUUUUGAAACAUUCAUGUUAUUUGGACAUGGCUGGUUUAAGUCAGUAAAUGAACACAAUUUCGCUAUUGUCUUUCCGUUAUUCUUAGUAGUACACUUUGCUUUAUUAACCUCAUUAGAUACUGGAGCACGUGCAAUAGCAAAAGCUUAUACUGUUCCUUUUUAUUUUGGAAUCGCACUUUCCCUCGUAGUGGAUUUCCUUCUACUACCUGAAUUUGGUUCAAGUUACUUAGGUAAUGUCGCUGUAAAUGCAGUUAAUGAAAUACACAAGGAUAUUAAUGAAAUAGUAAAUUUUUUUUUAAGUACUAUUGAUGACAACAAAGAGCCAUUGUAUGAACAGGCUCCGCUUCCCUUGGCUAAGUUAUUGGGUUUAAAGACAUCCAUCAAUAAGAAAAUAGCAGAAUUUCAAGUUAUUUUGGACGAGUGUUGUUUCGAAUUAUCAUAUUCUUACGUUCCACCAGCUAGAUUACAAGAUGCUAUUUCUAUCUUAAAAGAAUUCAGAUCAUUUUUAAACAGUUUGAUAAACGCUUGUCAAUUAGAGUACAUUCUUUUGGGCAAUGGAGAAGCCACAGAAGAUAUUGACGGUCUAGAAUUAGGACCUGAUAAGAAUAUCAAUAAAAUCGAUGCUGCUAAACUCUUAACUAUAUUAAAAAAAUCGAAAAUACCAAUUCAUAAACUACAUGAGACCAUGGAUGACUUUCUUUAUAAGAUCAAUAUAAUGCUCGCUUAUUCGUUUGAUGUUGAUCUUGAGAAAGUUUAUUAUUGUGAGAUGUUUGGUGAGCAUAAUAGGACCAAAAUUACUGAAAAGAAGGAUUUUUCAAAAGAUACUAAUUUUAAACAAGAAAUUAUAUUGCUAAAAAAUUCACUGAAUGAGUUUGAAACAAGCUUUAAAAAUGAGUUACUUAAUGCUGAGAGAGAAUCUCUCCAUCCAAGCGAUGAGAUGUUCUUACUUUCAUCCUUUUUAAUGAAUUUGAAAUCCAUCGCUGUCGCUACUAUAAAAUUAAUGAAAGAUACCCAGUUGACUUUUGAAUACAGGAUUAAACAAGAAAAUAAAGGCUGGCUACGGGGGAAAAGUAUUUGGUUUACGUUUUUGAAAAAUUUCUCCUCUUUCAAAAGAUGGUAUUUAGGUAACAACGACAAAUUGAAUGAAGAUACAGAUAUCAUUGGUGUCUAUGAGGGAAAUAGUAUAGGUUUGAAACCGGAAGUGGUAAAGGCCAGACCAAAACAACAAGAAGACGAACUACUAAACCAAAAGGCAGAAACAUACAGAGGUAACAACACAGAAAAGCGUCGUGUAUUUCCUAAUUUAAAGUCUGAUGUUGGUCUCAUUACACGUUAUUUAAUAUCAGUACAUUCGUUUAUCUUGAAAAAUAAAAAGCAUGCUGUAUUCGGGACUCAAGUUGCAGUUUCCUUGAUGUUAGUUUCUUUCCCUAUGUUUAUGCCCAGUGCCAGGGCUUGGUAUAAUAGUUACCAUGGUGGCUGGAUUGGUUUCGUGUGUAUUUUGAGUAUGGAAGAAAGUGUUGGAUAUACGGUGUGGGUCACGUGGCUGCGUGGUUUUGGUGUGAUUGCUGGUUCAGUUUGGGCACUUAUAUCUUACUAUGCUGGAGGUCCACAUCAGGGUGAUCCCUAUUUAGAGACUAUUAUAACAAUCCCCGGUGUUGUUCCUGGUUUUUACUAUUUAAUUGGUACUCCAUAUGGCAAGGCAGCUAUUAUCCAGAUAAUCUCUGUUUAUAUUGUUAUGUUAGCGGCCAUAGUUCCUGCAGCUAACAGGGGCAGUAUCGCUGUCAAUUUUGCCAAACGAUGCUUGGCUGUUGGCUACGGUGGGGUUGCUGCACUUUUAGUCCAACUAUUACUGUUUCCCCUCAAAGCUAGGGACCAAUUAAGUGAAGAGAUGUCAUUUGUUUGUGGUUGUAUUUCAGAGAUCCAGUUAUUAUUAUCUGCUGGCAUGAAUAGUAAAGAAGUUGGAAAGGGCAUCGAUAUUGAAAGGUAUAGGAGUAUUCAAAAAGUUGUCAAUGCUGCAAAGAGUGGUUUGGGCCGUGGAGCGUCCUAUAAUUCUUUAACAAAGCACGAACCUCGAUUAAAAGGUAAAUCUGCAAAAGUACAGAAGAUCUUUACGGAGAUUAUUUAUCUACAGAGACAGAUUGUUGAGAGAUUAGAGACCAUGGCACUUCUUAGAAGGCAAACAGGAGGAAAUAUUAUAGACGAAUUGAAUCCAGUUAUAUACGAGUAUAGACGACAAGUCAUUGGAUCCUUCACAUCAACACUCAGAGCUCUUCAAGAGGCAUUUUCAAAUAAGAUUCCUUUGCCUCAAUAUUUGCCAAGCACGCGAAAUGCUCAUAAGAUCUUAAUUCAUAGGGUCCGUGAACUAGUAUCAUCGAUACAGGAUGAAGUCUUUGUGAAAGAGCAAAUCUUGAGCUGGAAUGCGACUAGUGCCGCCAUGGAAGAAGUUAUUGAAUACUUGGAACAACUGAUUCAUUUGACUAAAACUGUUGUAGGAGUCAAUGAAUUCAAGUAUGGGUUUCUGUCUCGUCCACUUUACGAAGAUUGGGCCACCCAGGCAAUUGUUGGAUUUGAUGAUUUCCUAAGUGAGAAAAAUAAAAAGCAACCUGUCUUGGAUAAUCAAUCAGAGCUCAGUACUAACAUUUCUACAGGCAAUAGUUCAUUUGGUGGGGAUCAAGUAAUUGGCCUUUUUAGUGGAGAUUAUCACCUAUCUCGUAUUCAGACGCACACGCCCGAUCUUACUGAAGCCAUGAUUUACAAGACAUUUAGGAAUAGGGUUAAUUCGAUAGUUUCAAGAAGCGAUAUAGAAAAUUUACCAAGUUUAACUGGAUUGAAAACGAAAGAUAUUGAAUCAGCAUUAGUUGAUCAUAAUGAUGAAGAUGAAGAUUUACCCCUAGCAUUAAAAAUGGUUAUAAGUCGUUCUGGAAAGAACAAGAAUUCGCAUUGA